AGAGUCUGAGUCUUCGUGGAAACAGGUCGGCUGAUUCUGCGUAUUCUUCGCAAACAGCCACAGCGCGGCCUGGUCAGACGUCAGCUCUGCUAUUCCAGGUAUUCCAUUGGCUUCAUGGCCUCGCUAGCAUUUGCAGAUGAACUGGGGCACUCCCCUGUUUGCAAACCCCGUCCUUGCACUGAGAUCGUUCAUGCCCUCGCUAUCCAGCUUCAUAGGCCAGUCGCAGCUCCAUCCAGUCCAGGAUCAAACCCAACCAUGCACGAUACAUGCGCCGCCUCUCGGAUCUACCAGGAAUUGAGCCAAUCUGUGCGCCUCAGUUCCCAACAGGUCCAUGGAGGACACUUUCUCCCGCAGCAUCAAGGCAUGGCCCGCGCGCUACUACGAAAGGAUCGGACUAUCGCAUCCUGCUGCGGCUUUUCUCUUCCUGCCCAGGGUCCCUCGCAUAUGAGCCCACUGCCGACAGAGACAGCAAGGGGCUGUACAACCUGGCUUACCCAUAGCCUGGUUCGCCUUAAGACGCCUUGUUCAGAGGCCUCCCACUCGCUCGCAUGUCAACCUGAUGGCCUUGGAGCCCCCACGGAGGUCCCAAAGGGACGGAAUCCUGUUAUGCAUUGUGGCACUGUGACGUGACCAAACCAGGACCAGUCCAAGCCUAUAGUUCGUGCUUUGUGGAGCAAAUACCUCGAUUCCUUCGGGCUAGCGGGCGGAUCUCGACGGGAUGUCCGAGUGCCAUUAUCUAGAGGAUGCGAUGGCGAUCGGAGGGGUCAAGAUCAUCUUUAUUGUGAGAUGCCUUCGCCCGAGUCGGCUUCAUCUUGCCAGCGUGGUGGGACGGGGGCCCCUGAGAUAUCAGCGGCUGGGUUUAGAAUGUCUCGGACAUGACGGGAAGCGAGGCGCAAAUUCGAGUCUCUGCAAGCAGGAGAUCCGAUUUACUGUGUCCGAAUGGUGUGCGUCAGACUGCAUGGGGGCUGACCAGGAACUGUCGCUCGCGAAGACU